AUGUCAGAUUUUUUGGGUCGCGCUGGUCGAAUAACAGAAUGGGUAGUUAUAUCAAAUUUGGAAAAUCGGGCUGUCAAUGCAGCAUGUGAUAAAGCUCAAGAUUGGUGGAAAAAUCGAAAAAACAAUAAACAUGACUCACAUGCUUCAUCUGCCAGUCCGGUUCCACCACCACAACCACUACCAUCGCAAUCGCAAACCAAAUAUCCAAUAUCACCAUCACCUCAAUAUCAACCACAACAAGCAUCCUAUGGACCACCACCCCCAGUACCUUUUCCGCCAUCUAUGGGCAAUGGUGAAUUAUUGAUAAGUGUCAAUCAUAUCGAUGGAUUAAAUCAAUGGGGUCCCUUAACCGUUAUUAUGGAAUGUAAUCAUCAAAGAUAUCAAACAUCAUCAGGACAGUAUCAACAACAAUUUUCAUUUCCUGUUUAUCAAUUUGAUUAUGAUCAACUUUUUAUUUGGAUUCAAACAGAAUAUCAACAACAAACAAUAGCUAAUGGUGAUAUUCCAAUAAGAAUUUUAUUAAACAAUAAUAAUAAUUGGACUCCUCAACAGCAACGAUGGAUUCCAUUAAGAGAUUAUUACAAUGGACCAGCUGGACAAUUACUUGUUAAUAUUGAAUACAAAAUAAAUUAUCCACCGACACAACAAAUUCCAGGACCUCCACCACCUUAUCCUUAUUAUUCAUAA